GCCGGCCCGGCGCCCUGGACGUCGUGCGUCGACCUCUCCUGGCUGGAGCUGCUGCCGCCUCGCCGCCUCAAGCCGCUCUGCGAUCAGAAGGGCUUGAGUGUGGGGUGGGGCAACUCGGAGGCUCUGGCGAAGCGGCUGCGCGCCAGCGGCGGCCUGAGCGUGGAGCAGCUCAAGGGGCUGUGCGAUGCUCCAGAGGUCGGAGUCCAAUCAUACGGCUCCAAGGCGGAGAUCGCGCAGCGCAUCGGCGCCAAGCUGGCGGCGGCGGCGACGACGACGACGGAGGAGGAGGAGGAGGAGGAGGAGGAGAGCAGUGAUGAGGGGUCGGCGGGGGCGACAGCGGCAGUGGCAGCGGAGGGGGCGGAGGUGGGCUCUGGCACGCGGGAGGUGGACCGGAUCCUUCCGUCGUCGUCGUCGGCAGCUCACCCGGCCGACCCCGCCCGGCGAGGCCAGCGGAGCCUGGCGCAGGCGGGGAUCGAGGAGGCGGCGGGGUCGGCCGCUGCCGCCGUCGCUGCCUCGUCGCAUGCGCCGCGGGCGGAGGAGGAGGCUCCGGUGGCAGAGGCGGAGGGCUUGCGCUUGCACUUGUCCAGCGCCGCCGCCACCGGCUACAAGGGCGUGCACAAGCGGGCUUCUGGCUGCCGCUUUCAGGCGGUGCGAAAGGCCGACGGAAUCAAGUUCUCCCUCGGGAGCUUCGGCACGGCGGUGGAGGCGGCGGUGGCGUACGCGCGGGCGGUCGAAGAGGCGGCGGCGGCGGCGACAGCGGCGGCGGCGGCGACAGCAGGGGCGGUGGCGGCGGGCGCUGAGCCGGCGGGAGCCGAGCCGGCGGGAGCUGAGCAGCAAAGUCGCUCCUCCGACCGCGGCGCGCGCCCGGCCGUGCGCUUUGAGGCCGGCCCGGCGCCCUCGGCAAAGGUUCAAGCAGGGGCGGUGGACCUCCUGCCGCUCAUCCAGCGCAAGUCCACCUCCUCCGCGGGCGUCGGCGGCGGCGCGGCCGCGGCCGCGGGCGGCGCGAGCGGCGGCGCCGGCGCAGCCUCCGUCGCUGCCUCGUCACAUGCGCCGCAGGCGGAGGAGGCUCCGGUGGCAGAGGCGGAGGGCUUGCGCUUGCACUUGUCCAGCGCCGCCGGCACCGGCUACAAGGGCGUGACCAAGCUCCCCUCUGGCCGUUUCCUGGCGCACCGAUCGGUGGGCCGCUGGAGAGAUCGGAAGCCCACCAUCGGCAUCUUCGACACGGCGGUGGAGGCGGCGGUGGCGUAUGCGCGGACGGUCGGCGAGUACCAGCCUCCGGCUCAACCGGCUCAACCUCCCCCGACGGGGGCGCCAGAGGUGGACGGGCUGCGCUUGCAUCUCUCCAGCAUCAGCAGUACCGGCUACAAGGGCGUGUUCAAAAUUGGCUCGCGCUUCAAGGCGCAGAACAGGGUGGACGGAAGGCAGGUCACCAUCGGCUACUUCGGCACGGCGGUGGAGGCGGCGGUGGCGUACGCGCGGGCGGUCGAAGAGGCGGCGGCGGCGGCGACAGCGGCGGCGGCGGCGACAGCAGGGGCGAUGGCGGCGGGCGCUGAGCCGGCGGGAGCCGAGCCGACGGGAGCUGAGCAGCGAGCUCGCUCCUCCGACCGCGGCGCGCGCCCGGCCGUGCGCUUUGAGGCCGGCCCGGCGCCCUGGACGUCGUGCGUCGACCUCUCCUGGCUGGAGCUGCUGCCGCCUCGCCGCCUCAAGCCGCUCUGCGAUCAGAAGGGCUUGAGUGUGGGGUGGGGCAACUCGGAGGCUCUGGCGAAGCGGCUGCGCGCCAGCGGCGGCCUGAGCGUGGAGCAGCUCAAGGGGCUGUGCGAUGCUCCAGAGGUCGGAGUCCAAUCAUACGGCUCCAAGGCGGAGAUCGCGCAGCGCAUCGGCGCCAAGCUGGCGGCGGCGGCGACGACGACGACGGAGGAGGAGGAGGAGGAGGAGGAGGAGAGCAGUGAUGAGGGGUCGGCGGGGGCGACAGCGGCAGUGGCAGCGGAGGGGGCGGAGGUGGGCUCUGGCACGCGGGAGGUGGACCGGAUCCUUCCGUCGUCGUCGUCGGCAGCUCACCCGGCCGACCCCGCCCGGCGAGGCCAGCGGAGCCUGGCGCAGGCGGGGAUCGAGGAGGCGGCGGGGUCGGCCGCUGCCGCCGUCGCUGCCUCGUCGCAUGCGCCGCGGGCGGAGGAGGAGGCUCCG